AUGAAGGUGAAGAAGGGGUGGCUCGCGGUUCAAGUCGGGUUGGAGGAAGAAGAUGGCAGGGUCGAGAGAUUCGUGAUCCCUAUCUCGUAUCUCUACCAUCCCCUCUUCAAGAGGCUCUUGGACAAGGCUCACGAGGCUUACGGUUACCACGCCAAUGGCCCGCUCCGGCUCCCUUGCUCCGUUGACGAUUUCCUUCAUCUUCGGUGGAGGAUCGAGAGAGAAUCUUCCGGCGGCCACCACCACCACCACCACAGCCACCACCAAAACCACCACUUCCAUGGUGCUUUGUCCUUCCACUCUUGUUAA